UGCUAUUGGGAGCUCAGACCGCAUACCGCUUCAUUCAUGCUGUGAGAAGCUCAAGACUCGGAACACGGAGCUUUGGACGAGUAUCGUGACAGUAGUGGACUGGAAAUGCCUUCAAGUUUAAGAUUUUAACCAUGUUGAGAAAAAUUACGGCCAAGAUUACACUUAUAUGGCUGGCGGCCGAGGAGCUGUGGAUGAUGCUGUAGACGAUAGAAAGGAGCCGUGCAAAGAUACACUGCCCAGAGGACACAGCCCGGGCCAGAGCUACACCUCCACUCUGCUGUCCUUCGGCCUGGUGUUGGACCGCCACCGCGCAGCUGCAGUAGAGGAAGACACGCAGACGUCCAGGAAGCUCUCCUCUCCCGGCCGAGGCCAACAUGAGCACCCAGGCGACCCCACCCCGGGGGGGCCCCCUCUUUCCCAUCCUCCUCCUGCUGUCAGGAGUGUCCGCCACCAUCCCCCGCGACCUCAGGACCUUUUCCCCUCCCGAGGGGGGGCUUACACACCUUGUGGUCCACAAUAAGACAGGUGAGGUGUACCUGGGAGCUGUCAACUGGAUCUUCAAGCUGUCCAGCAAUCUGACCAAGCUACGCAGCCACGUCACAGGCCCUGUGGUGGACAAUGAGAAGUGUUACCCCCCUCCAGGCGUCCAGUCCUGCCCGCACGAGCUGGCUCAGACCAACAAUGUCAAUAAGCUUCUGCUGCUGGACUACGGUCAGAACCGCCUAAUCGCCUGUGGCAGCACCUCCCAGGGCAUCUGCCAGUUCCUCAGGCUGGACGACCUGUUCAAGCUGGGCGAGCCCCACCACCGUAAGGAGCACUACCUGUCCAGCGUGGCCGAGGCUGGCACUAUGUCCGGGGUGGUCAUUGGCGGAGAAGCGGCCGGGGGCGGGGGAGGUGCCGGCAAGCUGUUUGUGGGCACACCCAUCGAUGGAAAGUCUGAGUACUUCCCCACUCUCUCCAGCCGCAAGCUGAUGGCCAACGAGGAGAACGCUGACAUGUUCAGCUUUGUCUACCAGGACGAAUUUGUCUCCUCACAGCUGAAGAUCCCUUCCGACACGCUGUCCAAGUUCCCCGCCUUCGACAUCUACUACAUCUACGGCUUCAGCAGUGAGCAGUUUGUCUACUACCUUACCAUGCAGCUGGACACGCAGCUCACCUCCCCAGAUGCCAGCGGGGAGCAGUUCUUCACCUCUAAGAUAGUGCGCCUCUGUGUGGACGACCCCAAGUUUUACUCCUACGUGGAGUUCCCCAUCGGCUGCACCAAAGACGGGGUGGAGUAUCGUCUGGUGCAGGACGCCUACCUCAGCCGCCCUGGGGCCAAGCUGGCGCGCUCCCUGGACAUCACGGAGGACGAGGAGGUGCUGUUCACCGUGUUCGCCCAGGGUCAAAAGAACCGGGCCAAGCCCCCAAAAGAGUCAGCUCUGUGUUUGUUCACCCUGCGCCGCAUCAAGGAGAAGAUUAAGGAGCGCAUCCAGUCCUGCUACAGGGGAGAGGGGAAACUGUCAUUGCCCUGGCUGCUCAACAAGGAACUGGCAUGCAUCAACUCACCACUCCAGAUAGACGAUAACUUCUGUGGGCAGGACUUCAACCAGCCCCUGGGAGGGACCACCACCAUUGAAGGCCUGCCUCUGUUCGUGGACAAGGACGACGGCAUGACCUCGGUGGCGGCAUAUGACUACCACGGCCACACUGUGGCCUUCACCGGCACACGCAGCGGGCACGUUAAGAAGAUCCUGGUGAACUCCGUCAACCAGCCUGCCGUGCUGUAUGAGAAUGUGGUGGUGAGUGAGGGAAGCCCGAUCCUCAGAGAUCUGCUCUUCAGUCCAGACCACCAGCACAUCUAUGCCCUCACAGACAAACAGGUGAACCGUGUUCCAGUGGAGAGCUGUGAGCAGUACCCCUCCUGCAGUGCCUGUCUGGGAUCGGGAGACCCUCACUGCGGCUGGUGUGUCCUCCACAACGUGUGUUCCAGGAAGGAUCGUUGCGAAAGAGCGGAUGAGCCGCAGCGUUUUGCCUCCAGAGGGGAGCAGUGUGUCAAACUCAGUGUUCAACCUGGGAACAUUUCCGUCACCAUGUCUGAAGUCCAGCUGGUGCUGCAAGCCCAGAAUGUGCCGAACCUUUCGGCUGGAGUCAACUGCUCGUUUGAGGACUACACUGAGACGGAGGGACGCAUCUUUGGAGGCCGCAUCUACUGCCUGUCCCCUUCCACACGCGAGGUUGCCCCAAUCACACGGAACCAAGGAGACAAGCGAACUGUCAAGCUCUAUCUGAAGUCCAAGGAGACGGGCAAGAAGUUUGCCAGUGUGGACUUUGUGUUCUACAACUGUAGCGUGCACCAAUCGUGUCUGUCAUGUGUAAAUGGAUUAUUCCCCUGCCACUGGUGUAAAUAUCGCCACAUGUGCACCCAAAACGCCAACGACUGUUCUUUCCAGGAAGGCCGUGUCAAUGUGUCUGAGGAGUGUCCCCAGAUCCUGCCAUCCAGCCAGAUCUACAUCCCUGUGGGUGUGAUGAAGCCCAUCACCCUACUGGCUAAGAACCUGCCCCAGCCCCAGUCCGGCCAGAGGAACUAUGAAUGUAUCUUCCACAUCCAGGGAGCCACCUACAGUGUCACCGCCCUGCGCUUCAACAGCACCAGCAUCCAGUGUCAGAAGACGUCUUAUGACUAUGAGGGCAAUGACAUCAGCGACCUGCCUGUGGGACUCUCUGUGGUGUGGAAUGGGAACCAAGUCAUCGACAACCCCUUCCACAUACAAGCCCACCUGUAUAAGUGCUACGCGUUGCGGGACAGCUGUGGAAUGUGUCUGAAGGCUGACCCCAGGUUUGAAUGUGGCUGGUGUGUCCAGGAGAAGAAGUGUUCCCUGCGACAGGAGUGUGCCCCACUGGAGAGCAGCUGGAUGCACGCCACAGCUGGCAACAGCCGCUGUACCCACCCGAAGAUCACCAAGCUGUUUCCGGAGACAGGGCCGAGACAAGGGGGCACCCGGCUGACCAUCACAGGGGAGAACCUGGGCCUACAGUUCCGAGACAUACAGACAGGAGUGCGUCUGGGCAAGGUGCCCUGUAUCCCCAUUGAGGAGGAGUACGUCAGCGCUGAGAGAAUUGUGUGUUUGCUGAACGACGCCACGGGCUACCGAGUGCAGGAGGCUAACGUGGAGGUGUGUGUGAGGGACUGCCUGGCUGACUACAGAGCCCUAUCACCUCGGGCAUUCACCUUCGUGACGCCCUUCUUCACGCGGGUGCUACCCGCCCAGGGGCCUCUCUCGGGCGGCACCAGGAUCACCAUCGAGGGCAACCACCUUAAUGCCGGCAGCUCUGUGACUGUCAACAUCGGACGCCACUCCUGCCACUUUAAAAAGAGGAAUGCCAGGGAGAUCGUGUGUGUGACUCCAACGGGGCUGACCCCAGGCAGCACGCCCGUCAUGGUGGACAUCGACUCUGCUGAGCUGAGAAACCCUGAGGUCAAAUAUAACUACACCGACGACCCCACCGUCCUGAGGAUCGAACCCGACUGGAGCAUCGCUAGUGGUGGAACCCUGUUGACCAUCAGUGGCACAAACCUAGCCACCGUCAGAGAGCCCAAGAUCAGAGCCAAAUAUGGCUCCGCCGAAUCCUUCCAUAACUGCACAGUGUUUAACAACUCAGUGAUGGUGUGCCUGGCCCCAUCUGUGGUGGACUCCGAGAGGGGCUUCUCCGACACGGGCAGUGGCCCCGAUGAGAUCGGCUUCUACAUGGACAGCGUCCACGCCCUCGUGGUGGUCAAUGAGACCUUCUACUACUACCCAGACCCGGUGUUCGAACCCAUCAGUCCCACCGGCGUGCUGGAGCUCAAACCCACCUCGCCUCUGAUACUCAAGGGUCGUAACCUCAUCCCCGCCGCCCCGGGUAACUCCAGGCUGAACUACACGGUGUUCAUCGGAGAGACUCCUUGUGUGCUGACCCUCUCUGAGUCCCAGCUGCUGUGUGAAUGGCCCAACCUCACAGGACAGCACAAAGUCACGAUCCGGGUGGGUGGUUUCGAGUACUCCCCCGGUACUCUCCAGAUCUACUCUGACAGCCUGCUGACCCUGCCCGCCAUUGUCGGCAUCGGAGGGGGCGGCGGCCUGCUGCUGCUGGUCAUCAUCGCCGUGCUCAUCGCCUACAAGAGGAAGUCGCGGGACGCCGACCGCACCCUGAAACGCCUGCAGCUGCAGAUGGACAACCUGGAGUCCCGGGUGGCCCUGGAGUGUAAAGAAGCCUUUGCAGAGCUGCAGACUGACAUCCAUGAGCUGACCCAGGAGCUGGACGGAGCGGGCAUCCCCUUCCUGGACUACAGGACCUACGCCAUGAGGGUGUUGUUCCCUGGCAUCGAGGACCACCCCGUGCUCAAGGAGAUGGAGGUACGGGUCAAGGAGGUUCAGGCAAACCAAGAGAAGGCUCUAACUCUGUUCGGCCAGCUCCUCACAAAGAAGCAUUUCCUGUUGACGUUCAUCCGCACCCUGGAGGCUCAGCGGUCCUUUUCUAUGCGUGACCGUGGCAAUGUGGCCUCACUCAUCAUGACGGCACUGCAGGGGGAGAUGGAGUACGCCACAGGGGUCCUCAAGCAGCUGCUCUCUGACCUCAUCGACAAGAACCUGGAGAGCAAGAAUCACCCCAAACUGCUGCUGCGCCGAACGGAGUCUGUUGCUGAAAAGAUGCUGACCAACUGGUUCACAUUCCUCUUAUAUAAAUUCCUAAAGGAGUGUGCUGGUGAGCCCCUGUUCAUGCUGUACUGUGCCAUGAAGCAGCAGAUGGAGAAGGGGCCCAUAGAUGCCAUCACAGGAGAGGCUCGCUAUUCCCUCAGUGAAGAUAAGCUUAUCAGACAGCAGAUUGAUUACAAGACCCUGACUCUCCACUGUGUGAACCCUGAGAACGAGAACGCCCCAGAGGUGACAGUGAAGGGGUUGAACUGUGACACCAUCACCCAGGUGAAAGAGAAGCUCCUGGAUGCUGUGUACAAGGGCAGCCCCUACUCCCAGAGGCCCAAAGCUGGGGACAUGGAUCUGGAAUGGCGUCAGGGUAGGAUGGCCAGAAUCAUCCUUCAGGAUGAGGAUGUCACCACCAAGAUUGACAAUGACUGGAAACGACUCAACACACUGGCUCACUAUCAGGUGACAGAUGGCUCAGUGAUAGCCCUGGUGCCAAAGCAGAACUCAGCCUAUAACAUAUCCAACUCCUCCACCUUCACCAAGUCCCUCAGUAGAUAUGAGAGCAUGUUGCGAACGGCCAGCAGUCCAGACAGCCUGCGAUCCCGGACUCCAAUGAUCACUCCUGACCUGGAGAGCGGCACCAAGCUGUGGCACCUGGUGAAGAACCACGACCACUCUGACCAGCGUGAGGGCGACCGCGGCAGCAAGAUGGUCUCUGAGAUCUAUCUGACACGUCUGCUGGCCACCAAGGGUACGUUGCAGAAGUUUGUGGACGACCUGUUUGAGACCAUCUUCAGCACGGCCCAUCGUGGCAGUGCCCUGCCUCUCGCCAUCAAGUACAUGUUUGACUUCCUGGACGAGCAGGCGGACAAACACUCCAUCUCAGACUCAGAUGUGCGGCACACAUGGAAGAGCAACUGUUUGCCUUUACGCUUCUGGGUGAACGUGAUCAAGAACCCCCAGUUUGUGUUCGACAUCCAUAAGAACAGCAUCACCGACGCCUGUCUGUCUGUGGUGGCCCAGACCUUCAUGGACUCCUGCUCCACCUCAGAACACAAGCUGGGCAAAGACUCCCCCUCUAACAAGCUGCUGUAUGCCAAGGAUAUCCCCAACUACAAGAACUGGGUGGAGAGGUACUACUCUGACAUCUCCCGUAUGCCGGCCAUUAGUGACCAGGACAUGAGUGCCUACCUGGCUGAACAGUCCCGUCUGCACCUCAGCCAGUUCAACAGCAUGAGCGCCCUGCACGAGAUCUACUCCUACAUCGUCAAGUAUAAAGAUGAGAUUUUGUCCGCGCUGCAGAAGGACGAGCAGUCUCGCAGGCAGAGACUGCGCAGUAAGCUGGAGCAGGUCAUUGACACCAUGGCCCUGGCCAGCUGAAGAAAGGCCUGCCACUGAGGGGCGGAGGGGGUAGAAGCUAGGCCUCCUCUCACUGAGCCCAGCUCCUCAGCCCUAACUCAAUGCGUAAGGACUGCAAGGACACAAGCAGUACACUGGAGAGCCACCGGCCUAUCCAAACAAGCCCUCAUUUAGAAACACUUAACGUCCAUCUUUGACCUGAGAAAGUGUCUUAUCAUCACGUUCUUCAUCACUGGUUUCAGUUUGUCUUCCGUAUUGAUCCAUCUACCCACAGCCAGGACGGGUGCUGUGAAGCGGAGUGGAUACUAUAAGGAGGCUAUGGAGAAAGGACUUCAUGAAUAAAGCUCUCCCUCUCAAUGGAAGCUACUGUCAGCAGUGCUUCCUCAGAGACUUCAUCAACGUUCAUGGACAUCGUUUUGAUUUCCAGAUACUUUUUUAUUUUAUUUUGUUGAUUUCAUUUUUGAGUUUUUCAACUGCCUACUCUCUCCAGUGGUGUGCCACUUGUGUAACUGCUGAAUUUGCACAAUUUACAAAAAAGCUAAAUCAAAAGAAGAUAUAUAAAUAUAUAUAGAUAUAUAAAUACAACUUCAUUUUUAAUGAAACAAAUGAAAAUAGUCAAAAAAGUUUUCCAUUUUAAUGUACAACAAACUUUGAAAGAAAAGGAUUUGAUAUUUCAAAGACUAAACUAUGAAAACAAGAGGAAAACUUGUCCUGUGCCAUGUUUUAUUUGAAUGUUGUUUAGUGCAAAUACUUUUUCUUUAGAUAAAAUGUGCUAUGAUUAAAAUGUUGUCAUGCCUAGUGACUGAAGGUGAGAGAAAAAACUGUUAAAUGAUAAAAAAAAAAUUAGAAGCAAGUGAAAAAAUUGUUAAGACUUGGGGCCUUUCCUUUAUUGGGAGAACAUAAUGUUUUAAUGGUACUUGAAAUACUGGUAUGACUUACAAUGUGGUAUGGUAUACACUGCUAUUGUGCUUUUUAGAAAAUCCAAAGGCUAGGUUUUGUAUACCACUCUGGUGACAGAAAACAGCCUCCUGGAUGAGCAUCAUAUUCACAGCCACCUGAAAGAGCAGCCAUUUUGGUUGCAUCUACUACCAUGCAUGCUUCUGGGCACAGGCUCCGGACCACAGUGAAGUAGGUCACUUUUGUUGAUGUUUUUGGGAAGGCAAAUAUCAUGGCUUACAUUACUAUGAUAUUUAUAGGAUUUGCUGUGCCUCAAAAGUUAGACUCUACCGAAGGAUUCAUUGGGCUUAGCGCCAUACUAAAUGUAGCGAUGGUUAAAUUCACACAACCCUUUCAAAGCCAUCCUAAAGUUCCUCUGCUGUCCUUCCUCUGGGUCCUCAGAUAGGCCACUGUGUUUGAGGACUAUGAUGUUGGACAUAGAGAUGAAGGUUUCAGCAUACAAAUAGGAGUUUCUAGGUAAAGCUUUAUGUGGGGGUAAUCCUUCCUGAUGUUAGCCCAUUAUGAGAGCGAGCACUGUUGCUCUAGGGACUUCAACAUUCAACAGUUCUAUUAUUGUAAUUACAUUUUAAAAAAGAUUUACAUUUUUACUGUUGAUUUGUUGAAGUGGUGAAAUUGUAUGAGUUUGUGUCUUUGUAUUCUGCAGAAACCACACAGUGGUUAGUGGUACAGUAGCAGACUAGACUCUCCAAGGGUUUCCCUUAUGAUCUGAAACGGCAUCUGUGAUGAGCUUCAUCCAAGAGGAAAAAGAGGAAAUUUGAAGCGCCAAGGAAAUUGAACAUUCAGUGUUGUCUUUUCUUUGAUUUUAGUCUGCUGUAGAGAUGAAUACGGUGACAAAUGUUUUGAAAUGCAAGCAUCUGUGAUGUGUGACAAGAUAAUGAAAUGUUGCUCAAUCUUGGUGAGUGUUUUUUAAACUGGUUGAAGAUUUUUGUUUCCUCGGAAAUCUGAUAUUGUUGUGAAAUGCAUUGUCUCCCUUUAAUAUGUUGCACCAGUUCCGUUUCAGUCACGUAAAAAGAGAAAGAAACGUCAUUCCUUUUCCGUUGUCCUCUGAGAGUAAAGGAGGUAUGGAGGCUAGAAUAAAACAGAGAAAUGUUUGAGAAACCUCUAAAAUAUUUAGGUCAGAUCUGUGGUGAGAGCCGUGUGGAUCACACAGACUAUAGAUGUGAUGUGUAACCUUGGGCCAUCCAUCCAUCCUUCAUCCGAAUUCAACAAAGGUAGUGGAAUUUAAUGAAAAUGAGAAGUCUCUCCUCUUUUUAUUUAUGUAUUAUUUUUCAGUUUGACGUGAUUUUCAAUCUCCCCAAAUCAAUUGGGAGCAGGCCUCCAUAACAUAUUUUGUUAAAAGUUAACAUUUCAGAAUAUCUAUGGAUAUAUUUAAUAUUCCCUCAUUUCACCCCCUCUCUUGGUCAUCUCCAACACCUUCUCUACUCUCCGCUCCAGCUUUGGCCCGGUGAAUCAAUGAAGGUACUUCUAUACCCCACCUCACUAUAUCACCAAUCCCUCCUAACCAUUGACAUAGGGCUGGACCUGCUGUAUGUACUGUACUCUAUACUUGAUAUCUGAGAGCAGGGAACAGAGUCUAGUUAAUGAAAUUCCUAACUUGCUUGGUUAGUUAACAGGAUUAUCUCCUGGUUACUAGAUUUUUUCAUACCAGGAGAAGGCCUCUCGUGGGGGCGUUGAUUUGACCACUCUUCUGUUCAUUCACACCGUACUUGUGAGGGUUUGAAAUGAUUUCAAGCUGCCACUUUGUCCUUUUGUAAAGCAUCCUGUAUUCCCUGAUUGAGCACAUUUGUCUCCCGUUUUUGUUUAGUGGAUAAGAAAUGUUGCUAUGUGCCGCCUGCCUCCCACCACACACGCUAGGCUUUGAUGACUGUGAUUGUAAAACAGCUGGUUGCAUUAUAAAGUCUCUGGACGGUUCUCCUGCUUUGAUGUAGUUUCGCUCUUCUGUUAUUUAACUGGAAGGUUUUUGAUGAUUGGUGAUUAGGAUCAUGGGAUUAUGGAUGCAUGGUAACCUGUAAAGUUACUCUAGAGAGUAUAAAACAUUAUAUUGCAAGUACAGUGGCAGUUGUUCUGAUGUUUUCCUUUGUUUUAUGUUUGUUUCUAUUUUAUUUCCAAUGCCAGUUGUUGUGUAAAGAUGAGAAUAAGAAAUAGUUAUCUACAGAAGGUCCUUGGAAGGAAAUUAUACAUUUGGUUGUGUGUGUCUGCUAUGGUGUGUUGGGUGGAAACACAGAGGGAGAGAUCCAAGUGAUGUUGAUGAACACAGCUUUCAGUCCCACCCCUGCCCUCCCUCCACUUCCCACAACCCCUCCAUGACUCCUACAUUACCCACAAUCCACCACCUGUAAAAUAAUGUUCCAUGUUUCCCCCUCUGCCUCGCCUUUGAACGUCUCCCCCCGACCCAUGGUUUGUUUUGAUUAUGGCACAUUGGGAAGCUAUUACUUUUUUCAAAGUAAAUUUUAAAAGGCUUAAAAUCUAACAAAUAUCUAGACACAGGUUUAAGAAAAAGAGAAACUAAAGAGUUUUAAUACUUUAUGAAUUCUGAUACCGUUUUAAGAGUUUCAGACUUGAAGCUACUGUGACAGGUUGGCUGUUUCACGCUCGUGUAAAUAUUCUGCUCUUUCCUAUUUUGCAGAUUUAUUACUUGUAAAUAAACACGCAUCAAGGAGAGAUUAAACAUUUUUUUGCUAAA